AUGGAACCAUUCAUUACUACAUUUAGUGCUAUAGAUAAACGAGGAGUCAAUGUUAUUACAAUUAAUGAAUUACGUAAUUAUGUUGCAGAAAAUCAUUUAGAUAAAGAAAUGAUACCGAAAUGGCAAUCACUUUUCGAUCCCGAAGGAACGGGGAAGAUAACUUUUCGAAGAUUUUGUGAAGUUCUUGGAGUUCAUCCAGAAAGACCUCAAGCUGUAAUCAGCAAACCAUUGUACGGAAUACCUACAACAGGCCUACGACCUGAAAUCUUUGUAAUUAUGCAAGAACUACCAUUACAAGAUCAAAUCAAAAUAUCAGAAGAAGCUUAUAGACUUACUCAACCACAAGAUAAAUUUAUAGAAAAAGAAGCUUCAGAAAAACUUAAAAGAUGGCUUGACACAACAUAUGGUCGUCAUUGGCAUGUGACUAUUGUCAGAGGUUCAUAUUGGACAACUUAUACUCAUAUUCCAAAUUGGUCAUUUCAUUUUAAAAUCAAUCAGCAUUCAUUCAUCAUUUAUCGUACAAAUGAAUGA